AGCUUGAGAUGAUCACAUAGUCCUUGAAGGUGCAAUUUGCUCAGCAUAUUUGUCUUGCUGCAGCAGUGUUACCCCUUAGUGGAUAUGGUUUUCACUGGACGUGUGCAUAUCGGGCUGUAAAUAUACAACAUACACACGUGUGAGUUAGCAUUGUAAUCUUUUUCCAAUAGAGGUGCCUGAAGCACUUCAUUGACAUAUUUCUACACUUUUGUUUCGAAGGCCAUUUCUAUGGUUUUCCCUACUUUCCUGAGGAAGCAUUUUCUUGAUACAUAACCAAUACAGUAGUACAAAAGCAAGUAACGAUGCACAUACUGCUCUUCCGCCUUGUUGCUUGGACAUUGUCACUGCUGUUACAGAAAAUUUUGUUUUUGCAGCUCAAUAUGUGCCUAACUUGUCAUGCAGGUCUUCACCCAUUUUUGCCUGCUAGCACAGAGGAGCAGCCAUUAGAAGGAGAUUCUUCAUCAAGCCACUUUGUCGAGACCCGCAAAAAAAGGAUCAACUACCGUCUCAGCAGAGCCCGUCGGGUCAUAGAGAAUGCCUUUGGCAUAAUGGCACAGAGGUGGCGCAUCCUGCGCCGCCCGUUCAAAGCUAAGGACGAGAAUGUGAGAGGGAUUAUCUCUGCUUGUGUAGUCCUGCACAACUUCCUGCUCAAGGAGUCCCCCACUUCCCGAUCUGCAUACUGCCCUCCUGGAACAGCUGACCAUGUAGACUGGCAGGGAAACAUCAGUGAAGGGAGCUGGAGGGCCGAGGACAGCAGCAACAAUGCACUGCCACCUCUGCGUAGCACAGGCUGUCACUCAACCAGAGCUGCCUACAAAAUGCGGGACGACCUUGCCAAGUACUUCGUCACUGAUGGCCAGAUCCCUUGGCAAGAGUCCAUGAUCAUGGACAGAACACUGUACAGUGGUGUCACACAACGUGGCCACGAUCCUGCUCCGGAAAGCUCGUCUACGGAGCUUGCAUCGUAAAUGGUAUCGUCCAGCUGGCUUUGCUCGACGACCUCCGUGCUGCCUUCCAUGCCUGUGCUUCGGCGAAGCACGAGUGGUGUUCUGUGUUAUCUGUCAUUCACCAAAAAAAAGCACACGAAACACUUUCGAGCUUCAAAUAUUCCUCACAGCUUUGUAGAAUAUUGUUUGCAUGAAAUGAACAUGGACAGUUGCUUUAUUAAAGCAACGCAAAAUUAUGUAGGGCAACUUGAGAAAUAAGAUCUUUCAGUGGAAUUUUCCAAAUGUGUACUUGCUAAUGGCACAGUGGGUAUAACCACAAUAGGCUUUCUUGCUAUGGCAACUUACAUGCAUGUUUUUAGUUAUUUUAAACAAUAUCACUGUAAUCCAAUAGUGUACGCACCUAUCACAGCCUCCACACGUGUGGGAUCGAGGGCCUCCUUUCGUCGCGUCUCCCCCCGAAGGCAGCUUUUCCCUCCAAAGAGGGACUUGCCCCGCAACUCUUCUUCAGGGAAAACGUGGCGCAAAAGUGCCCUGGCAAAUUUGCCAGGGCCACUGCCACUGUCACAGGCUCGGCAAAAC